UAUUUGUCAUUUUCUUCAUAUAUAUAAUUCACUAACUGAUCCCUGAAAUCUUCCAGGUUCCUGUUAAGUUCGCAUUUUGGACCCCUUACCUUUCAUAUACCCACGAUUUCUGAAGUUUUCAUCUGGUAUCUGAAUCAUGAUUCAACCUUUCAAUUCCAUUAAAUUUUCACAACUUUUGGUUAUAGCACUUCUCCUCCACUUAUUGACACACCUUAAAUUCAUCCUGAUGGCGAAAGACUUUUGUUGGUGUCAAGUCCAGAAACUACCCAAGCUCUUUCAAGAACAUGGUUCAAGUUAUCAGAAUCACCUCCAAGACUACGCUGAAGCAGAUAACGACGAACGCCCUUCACCUUCUCUGGUGCCGGUACCAUUCAUGAGCCAUGUUGUCUCAAAUUUGAUAAAGACCAAGCUCCCAGUAGUUCAAUUCAGCAGAUCAAAAUUGCAAAGCAUUGGCGAGCAAUCAGCUGUUUGUUCAAUAUGCUUGGCAUGCGUCAAGGGAAGUGAAGAAAUCAGAGAGCUAGCCAAUUGUAGUCACCUCUAUCAUAAGGAGUGCGUUGAUGGGUGGGUUGAUCAGGGUCAUGGGACAUGUCCCUUGUGCAGGCUUAAGCUACUGCCAUGUCAAGCUGAUGAUGAGGAUGCAAAUGGUGAAAAGGAUCCAUGGAGGUCGGAAAGAAUUGCCUAUCUGUUUGGCGAGGAUUACUUGUUUGAUACCCUUUGACCUUGAAUUUUGUAUUCAUUAAUUUAUCAGACCCAGAUGUAGAGUUGUUUCACAGUGUCCCUUUGUUUGGACAGGCAAAAUACACUUAA